AUGCCUACUUUCUACCGCUGGAUUCGCGUUCUACUGGACCUAAGGGCCACAAGGGGGAAGCAAUUCCUGUGGACAGUGCUACUGGCGGUUGUUUUUGUCUACAUACUUCAGAGGGCACCUAUUAGGACGACAAAUGGCGUCGACAUCUCGUGGGCCGAGAGGGAGAAAUGCCCGGCGUGUGUUGGGGACACCUGUGAACUCCUACAUCGGGGCAACUUCGUGAAAGCAGAGUCCGACAGGUAUCUAAAGAAAGGUAUCGUCUCCACGGGAAUGGUUGGUGGCAUUAUGGUGGUUGCGAAAACCCUGAACAAGGAGCAAGCGUGGCAGAGGUAUGAAAAGUUUAUUUGCCGUUCGUCGCCUCGUCCUCAGGUGUGUAACGCUUCGUCUUUCAUCCUGGAGACCGUGUUGGUGACCGACGCGGCGUUAACACUCACCUGGCUACGGGAGGCGUGGAGAAUCACACAAGAGCAAAAGACAGCGCUAUCACAUUGUGGAUCAGCUAGGUUUGUACAAGAGCUUAAACAACUGUAUAUCGAAAAUGGAAGUAGAAGCGCGACCAAACUGAGACGUGCGUAUCUCUCUACCUCGCUUCACCUCAACGAGGAGUCUGUAUUACUCAGAUAUUUCACCACAAAGUCUACAACGCCUUGGCCAUUUCCAAAGUUUUAUGGAGCUUGCGGGAGAGUGAUCGUGGUGGAACAUGCAGGGAGGACGUUAGACGCCUUCCUGGACUCUCCUUGGAAUGUUCGAGCCGACAUUGCAGUGCAGUUGUUACAACUAGUGGAUACGCUUCGCGAAAGAGACCCUGACUGGAUUUUGUUGUUAACGGACAUAUCUUUCGAAAACUUUGCAGUCGAUAGCCGCGGACAGCUUCGGUUGAUCGACUUCGAUGACGUCAUGGUCUUCGAUCGGCGAACCGCGGUUGGGAGUCAUCAAGAAAAGGUGAUAUGUAACGAGGAGUGUUACAUGGACUGGCAGAAGAAGAUAACCAGCGACCAGGACCAUUGUAAAGACUUUCAUAGGUACACUCAAAUGAUGUAUGCCAGUAUUUGUGCCAGACUUUUGUCCAACCUGUUAGAACAUCCAGAUCGACACGACUGGGGGGAUGAAGGUGACUUCAAAGUUAAAGAGGAGAUCCCUGGUAAAGGCCUUCUACACGACCCUCCUGUCGAUAUUAGGGGACCGCUAGAGGGCGCACUUGGACAGUGUGUUGAGGAGACUCAUCCUGGAGGUCGACUGGACGCAGUCUUGACGCUAAAGCAAACAUUGGAAAUGACUCAUGGCAUUAAAGAUAUGUUGUGA